UUGAGCAUGGUGGAAGUCUGCAUACGGAGCAGUCCACACUUCGUCGCGCUGCACCCGUGACUGGCGUGGUCGGGCCAUCGCCAGCGGGAUGGCAGCAUGCAUCGACUGCUCCGUCCGUCAAUCGAUUGACACCGACCUGGCCCGCACCCCCGGGGUGGCAGCAGGGCCCCUGCGCAUGGGCGGUGCACGUUCGCUGAUGCCUGCGUGCACGACACCGAUCGAAUCCGGAGUGAGGGAGGAGGGAACGUGCAGAGCGCCGGUACGUCCACGACCCACUGUGGACAACAUAACACGUGGAGUGUCGAACAUGCGGGCACACAGCGAUGGAGGCGAAGACGACGUUGGAUUCGGUGACGACGCAGACGAAGGGAUGAGGGAAGACGUGGAAGCGGGGGACGACGACGACGACGUUCCAAUUCGGCCUUUGGGAAAGACGGCUGGGAGGGGGAGAGGACGCAGUAGAGGUCGUGUCCGUGGUCGAUCCGUUGGCCGUGGAGGCAGAGGUGGCGUAAGUGACGACACCGGGAAGUCUCCGACGUACUGGUCUGCAGAAGACCAAAUGCUCUUGGUGCGAUGCAAGCGGGUGCAAGAUAUGCACCUCGCCGGCUUGUCUCACAAUUACGGGCGGAUGAAGACGAAAGAGUGGAAGUGGGAGGACAUGUCGAAGCGGAUGGCGAAUGCGGGGAGGCUGAAGGACGCUGACGACUGCAUGAAGAAGUGGGACAAUCUGUUCCAGAACUACAAGAAAAUUCAGAGGUUUCAGAAUGCCAGCGGGCGGCCAGAUUUUUUCAGGCUGACGAACGAAGAGAGGAAGGAGCACAACUUCAAGUUCGGGAUGGACAGGGCGCUGUACAACGAGAUCCACGCAGGCAUGGUGGGGAACCACACGAUUUUCCCUCCCAACGUUGCCGACACCGGCAGUCCGGAUGGGGUGCAGCUGCCCAAGCGAGGAGCGGGUGGCGGGGAGUCUGUUUGUAGUGAGGCGGUCGGUGAAGGCUGCCCUGACGACCGUUCUUCUGCGAGGGAGUCCGAUAGCAACGUAGGCAGCGGGGCGGGAGGCGGGAAGCGAAAGAACGCGCGUCAGCAGGCAUUCGAGUCCAUCUCUGAUGUCAUGGAACGCCAUGGCGCACUGAUGUCGUCGACGAUCGAAUCGUCUAGCAAGCGGCAAUGCAGCAUCUUCACGAGGCAAUGCGACAUAUUGGAGCAGGAAGUUGCCGUAAAAAAAGCUCACUAUGCGGCGUCCGAUGAGACACAGAGGAUGAUGUGCCAAGCACUGUUGGAAAUCGCUGCCGCCAUCCGUGGUCGGUCGGCCAUGUAGGCCAUUGCGUGCUGUGUUGAUCAAAGUUGGUUCUUUAUCGUCGUCAUCGAGUUCUUCUUUUUAAUUUUCGGUUGUGAAUUUCAUAAUGUUGCCAUUGGCGA